AUGCUUAGGUCUCCAACCCCCACAAAAAACAUGGUGAUGCGCCCGCGCAAGACACAGAAACCUCGGUCGCCAGCAAUUCGCACCCCCUUUUCCAUUAAGCGUUACCCAAGAAUACCGUGUCGAAAAUCCUCUAUAGUCGCGAGUCUGAGUGACAGCACGGACUGUCGCGCAGCAUCCACAAGAACUCCUUCCCUCAGUGAAAGUUUCGAACUUCGGAUUGUGAAGAUUCGUGAUCAAACCGCACUUGGUUCUCAAGACAGCGAAUCUUGUGACCAAUGGUCAGAAGACGACCCAUUUGUCGACAGGGCAUGUUCACCGACAUCAUUGCAUCAGCGAACGUUAGACGCCGAAACUUCCAACGUCCCCGUUGCAACUCAGCAUCGUUUGUCGCCGAGCCUUGUGGACCGCUGGAGCUCCGAUUCGCAGACCUCCUUUACCCUAUCUGUUCCGUCGUUCCCAACGGGCGCAUCGCAUCAAUCGAGACUGUUAACACCACAAUAUGAACCUUUUUCGCCAAAUCGUUAUCUUGAAAUCAAACCAGAUUUCUUGUGCCCCUUGAAUUUGCCCAUUACCUUUCUUGAUGUCAGUGUGCUGGCUUCCAAAUCUCAUUUUGGUGGAGGGUCAGAGUCACUUUGGGCAACUGUACAGGUGUCUGCCGAUGUGAGCUCAGAUAGUUGCCCAGGUCCUUCUGGUCUCGCCCCUCUCGAAGUGAUCAUUCUCCUGGAUCAAGUACCUCGGCCUCUAGGAGCUGAAAGCGCGCAGAUUAACUUUGCAUCUGUCGUGAUAGCAUCUCACCUUGUUCAUGAGCACGACAGAAUUGCAUUAGCUGUGGUGGACCCGAGCACUGACCGUGGCUUUGAAAUAUUGCUACCUCUUGGCUUCCAUUCCGUGGACAUUGUUCGAUCAAGUCUUGAAAGAUUUGCGAAUCGUCAACUCAGGUCGCGGGUGACUCAGUUGGCAGAUGUUGGUGUUGUUCUUCAGCAUGUCACGAAAAUGUUCGGUACUCCGUCACGGCCGGCUUUCUGUCAUCUGUUUUAUGUUUCCGCUGCUCCGCCAGAUUGUCUGCGCAUUCCACCGCUUGAUCAUGCAAUUGGUGUCCAUACCGUUGCUCCGGUCGCUUGCCUACCGGUGGAUCGUCCGGGUGCUCAAUCGGGUUGGCACAUUCGCUACGAUAUCCAUGAAGGAGACGAUUACUCGGGAGCGGCCCUGUUCAUUCGCAAGGUAUCCAAAGCUGUUGGCCACCUUCGGACGGGAAUACGCCCAGGAUCUGUGUCAGAACUGAGUCUUUCAGUUUCCGCUGCUCACGCUUCUCUCGUCGAGACGUGUCCAGCCAACUAUCAGCUCAUGUCUCUUCGACCAGGUGAAACGUGGGUGACAUCUAUUCCACUUCUAUUACAGCCUGCCUCCCGGCAAAGAGGCCAUGUUCAUCAUUCCUCUCGAAAAUAUGACGACCCUGCUCCUGUCGAAGAUCUGAUGACACGCAUCGAUGACGUAUUGCUUGAAUAUGCCCAUGAGGUUGUGCAGCCAGUGAUGGCGGCCUCACUGAGUUAUAAGCAUUCAUUGUUGCCACCAGGAAAUACCAUCCAUAUCAAUACCCACCUCACUGUGACUCGAAGCUUUUGA